AUGACCCAAGAACAGUGCACUCAUAGGAACAAUGUCCAGAGCUCAGAGAAACCACAUGUGUACAAAGUGGGGAUUUACGGCUGGCGGAAACGUUGCCUUUACUUCUUUGUGCUCCUGUUAAUGAUCCUGAUCCUGGUCAACCUCGCUUUAACCAUCUGGAUAGUAAAGGUCAUGAAUUUCAGCAUAGAUGGUAUGGGCAAUUUAAGAAUAACGGAGAAGGGUCUGAAAUUGGAGGGGGACUCUGAGUUUCUCCAACCUCUGUAUGCCAAAGAAAUUCAGUCCAGACCAGGCAGCCCACUGUUCCUGCAAUCCUCCAAAAAUGUGUCCGUCAAUAUCCUAAAUGGAAAGAAUCAGCUGGUCACACAACUUAUUGCAGGAUCCAGUGGAGUGCGUGCACAAGGGAAGAUGUUGGAGGUGAAAUCCAGCACCGGGAAGCUACUGUUCUCUGCUGAUGACCAGGAGGUGGUGGUGGGAGCAGAGAGGCUACGGGUGACGGGUGCCGAGGGAGCCGUAUUCACCAACUCUGUGGAGACGCCACACGUCAGGGCCGAGCCCUUCAAAGAGCUACGCCUGGAGUCUCCCACGCGGUCUCUGUACAUGGAGGCCCCUAAAGGAAUCCAGAUCCUAGCAGAGGCAGGGGACAUCCAGGCCACAUGUAGAAGUGACCUACGCCUAGAGUCCAAAGACGGAGAGAUCACUCUGGACGCGCGGAGGAUCAGGCUGCUGCGUCUGCCUGAGGGCAAGGCCUCUCCCUCGGGGACCACUACCAGACAGACUGUCUAUGAGGUGUGUGUCUGUCCCAACGGGAAACUCUUCCUAUCACAGGCCGGGACAGGCUCCACCUGCCAGAUCAGCAACAAUGUCUGCCUCUAGAACACACACAUGCACACACUAAAACUGAAACACACACAUACAUACAUACAUACAUACAUACAUACAUACAUACAUACA